UAUCUUAGAGAGAGAAAAACCAUGGCGUUUAGAAUAGGUAUUUUCAUAAUAACAUUGGUUUUGAUUAUUAAGAUUCGAAUGUGUGUGUCUCAGAUUAACAGGCAGAGCUUUCCUAAGGAUUUUGUUUUCGGAACUGCUUCUUCAGCUUUUCAGUACGAAGGUGCAGUAAAAGAAGAUGGAAGGGGCCCAUCUGUGUGGGAUACUUUUUCACAUUCUAAUGGAGGCAAAAUACUACGUAACAGCAAUGCUGAUGUUGCAGUGGAUCAGUAUCAUCGCUUUGAAGGAGACGUACAUAUUAUGAAGGACAUGGGAAUGGAUGCUUAUAGGUUUUCAAUUUCCUGGACUCGAAUUUUUCCCAAUGGAUUUGGGGUAGUCAAUCAAGCAGGAGUUGAUCACUACAAUAAACUCAUUGAUGCUUUACUAGCCAAAGGAAUUGAGCCAUAUGUUACUCUGUACCACUGGGACCUACCUCAAGCCUUAGAAGACAAGUACAAGGGAUGGCUUAGCCCUUUAAUCAUAAAAGAUUUUGCAACAUAUGCUGAGAUAUGCUUUCAGAAAUUUGGAGACAGAGUGAAACAUUGGAUCACUUUCAAUGAGCCACAUACAUUUUGUAUGAUGGGAUAUGAUGUUGGACUUCAACCACCAGGAAGAUGCUCAAUUCUCCUUCACAAGUUGUGUAGUAGUGGAAACUCUUCUACUGAACCUUAUAUUGUGGCUCAUAAUGUCCUUAUUUCACAUGCAGUUGUAGCAGAUAUUUAUAGGAAAAAAUAUAAGAAAAUACAAGGUGGAUCUGUGGGAAUAUCUUUGGAUGUAAUUUGGUUUGAGUCAGCAACAAAUUCCAAAGAAGAUAUUGAAGCAACUCAGAGAGCCUUGGAUUUUACACUUGGCUGGUUUCUUGACCCAUUGAUAUUUGGAGAUUAUCCAAAAUCAAUGAAAAGUAGAGUUGGGAGCAGGCUACCAAAAUUUUCAAAAUCUCAAACUAGUCUUGUUAAGGGUUCAUUAGAUUUUGUUGGCAUCAAUCAUUACACCACAUUUUAUGCAAUGCACAAUGGUUCUGAUUUACUUCAAGUUGCACUUCAUGACUACAUUUCUGACUCUGCUGCUCUUACUCUUCCUUUCAAUGGGACCGAGAUUAUUGGAGAAAGGGCAAAUUCUUUAUGGUUGUAUAUAGUACCACAAGGGAUGAGAAGCACAAUGAAUUACAUCAAACAGAAGUAUGGGAAUCCUCUGCUCAUUAUAACUGAAAAUGGAAUGGAUGAUCCAAAUGAUCCAUCUAUCUCAAUCAAUGAUGCUCUAAAGGAUGACAAGAGGAUUAGAUAUCACAAUGACUAUUUAAACAACUUAUUAGCUUCUAUCAAGGAAGAUGGGUGCAAUGUGAAAGGCUAUUUUGUGUGGUCGCUGUUGGAUAAUUGGGAGUGGCAAGCUGGAUACACUUCUAGAUUUGGUCUUUAUUUCAUUGACUACAAUGACAAUCUAAAGAGAUAUCCAAAAAAGUCUGUUGAAUGGUUUAAGAAUUUCUUGAACUAAACUCAACAACACAAAUGAUUUAUAAAUAAUAGGAAUGGACCAUAAA